AUGAAGGAGCUUGCAAGGCGCGCUCUGAUGUGGACAGUCCACGCAGCCGAACUGAUAAACGCAUUUGAAUUGAAAGCCCUCCUCGGAAUCGAGGAGAGAACAAAGACGUUGGAGGAAGCAGCACAGAAGUACAAGACACAAACCAUUGUUGACGCAUGUUUCAACUUGUUGAGUGUGGAUAAGGGUGGUUAUAUGCGCCUUAUGCAUCAAACCACCCAAGAGUUCCUGAAUGCGCAUACAUACUAUGUCAAAAAACGGUCUGAUGAACGGUCUGAUGAACGGUCUGGUGAACGACUCAAGAUAUACGAUGUUAAUCCACCAAGCCCACAUGUGGAAAUGUCCCGAUCCUGUAUACAGUGUUUGGAUUUGGAUUAUCCGGGUUGUGUCUAUAACGGCCUUAUACCCGAUAUGAUGGCGGUUAUUUAUGCAGAAGAGUAUCCGGGUUGUGUCUAUAACCUCCAUCUACCCCCCACUAUGCGACUUAAUUAUGCAGAUGUGUAUUGGCAUUACCAUAUGGAAAAGAUCAUGGAUGAGCAUGAGGACAUCCCUCCAGGUAUAUUAAAGCUGGUCAAGAAGCUCAUGGAUGAGUAUCCGUAUCUCAUUUGGUCUGCGAUCCGUCGAGAUAGGCACUCGGUUGUCAAGGUCUUGCUUGUGAAUGGCAUCGGCCUCAUGCCCAAGGACUAUGCUAUGAAGUCUAAGUAUUUGGGUCCGAAAUCUAAUCACAUCCUUCCUGAGAGAUGGAGAUUAAGGUCGUUAGAGGAAUGUACGCCUACCAUGAUGAACUUACUAUUAGAUCACGGUAUGGAUCCAAACUUAAUAUUGCCAGAAAUCGAUCUUCCAUUUCUUUCCCGGAUGAUCUCUCUCCGUGAUGCUGCGAGAGCAAUAAUUCUCAUCCAAAGGGGCGCCGAUACAAGCAGGGUUUAUAAGGGCUACAAUCCACCACUAUCUCAUGCGAUACGUCUUGCGUUAAAUCAAGUUGUUGCGGUACUUCUUGAGUAUAAUGCAAACCCAAACUCUGUUAAUAGGAGUGGGUUUACACCACUCAUCUUUGCAGUCAAAUACAACAAUCUCUCUGCAAUGAAAAAGCUUAUAGAAUAUGGGGCCGAUGUCAAUUAUGGAACUAAGAGUGGGACUGCAUUAUCUCUAGCUAUGGAACUUACGGGAGAGAAUGAUGAGAGGGUUUCGAUUUUGCGGAAGCAUGGUGCUAAGUAUGACCCGGAAGAUGAUUAUGAGUUACCCAGAUGGAGUGAGUACUUGUUCAAAGACCGAGUUAUCGCACUGCCCUUGGCCGUAUUGGUUCGAUCGUUCAGUUUUAGAAGUUUGAUGUUUACAUGA